AAAAAAACCACAAAAAAACCCGAAAUUGGUGAAAAAAUGCCCCGAGCGGGGUCACGUGUUCCCCCUCAGCGCGCGCGCGCCGCCGGGGGCAGCUCUCGCGAGACCGGCAGCGCUCCUCCGAGAUCUUGUCCCUUUAGCCGAGCAGGGCCGAGCUCCAGUCUCGCGAGAUUUGGAGCCGCUCUCAGCCGGCGCUCUCGCGAGAUCAGCGCGCGCGCCGCCGCCGUUCCCGCCGCUGAGGCCGCGGCCGCGCUCCCCCCGCCCUCCCCCGCCCGCACCGGGGCCGCUCCCGCCGCCGCUCCCGCUCCUUCCUCUCCCUGUCUCUCUUUCUCGCGAGGCUUCGGGGCCGCGCUGCCGCCAGCGCCUCGCGAGAUCUCGCUCUCCUCAUCAGCGUGCCGCAGCUCCCGGCUCCCUCCCCCUCGCAGCGACCGGCCGGGCCGAGGAUGGACUGGGAGUGAUUCCCGGCAGAGCACGAGGACCGGAACCCCAAAAUGAAAGUGGAUCGGACGAAACUGAAGAAAACCCCCACGGAGGCGCCCGCUGACUGCCGGGCCCUCAUCGAGAAGCUGAAAGCUUGCAGCGAUGAGCAGCUGGUGACAGAACUGCAGCAGAUCAAGACAUGGAACAUUGGGAAGUGCGAGCUGUACCACUGGGUGGACCUGCUGGACCGCUUCGACGCGCUGCUGGCCGAGGCGGGCCGGCCGGUGGAGGCCAUGAGCUGGAUGCUGGCCUGCGACCGGCCCGAGCGCCAGCCCCUCAAGGCCCUGCUGCUGGCCCUGCUCAACUUCACGGCCCUGCUCAUCGAGUACAGCUUCUCCCGCCACCUCUACAGCUCCAUCGAGCACCUGACCACGCUGCUGGCCUCCUCGGACAUGCACGUGGUGCUGGCCGUGCUCAACCUGCUCUACGUGUUCAGCAAACGCUCCAACUACAUCACCCGCCUGGGCUCCGAGCGCCGCGGGCCCCUGCUGGCCCGCCUGCAGCACCUGGCCGAGAGCUGGGGUGGAAAGGAGAAUGGAUUCGGGCUGGCUGAGUGCUGUCGGGACUUGCACAUGAUGAAAUACCCCCCCAGUGCCACCACCCUGCACUUCGAGUUCUACGCCGAGCCGGGCGUCGAGGUGAAGGUGGACAAGAGGGCCACCAGCACCACCUUGCACUACAUCCACAUCGAGCAGCUGGACAAGAUUUCAGAGAGCCCCUCGGAGAUCAUGGAGUCCCUGACCAAGAUGUACAGCAUCCCCAAGGACAAACAGAUGCUGCUGUUCACCCACAUCCGCCUGGCCCACGGCUUCUCCAACCACAAGAAGCGGCUGCAGGCGGUGCAGGCGCGGCUCCACGCCAUCUCCAUCCUGGUGUACUCCAACGCGCUGCAGGAGUCGGCCAACAGCAUCCUGUACAACGGGCUGAUCGAGGAGCUGGUGGACGUGCUGCAGAUCACCGACAAGCAGCUGAUGGACAUCAAGGCGGCGUCCCUGCGGACGCUGACGUCCAUCGUGCACCUGGAGCGCACGCCGAAGCUCAGCAGCAUCAUCGACUGCACCGGCACCGCCUCCUACCACGGCUUCCUGCCCGUGCUGGUGCGCAACUGCAUCCAGGCCAUGAUCGACCCUUCCAUGGAGCCCUACCCCCACCAGUUCGCCACGGCGCUCUUCUCCUUCCUGUACCACCUGGCCAGCUACGACGCGGGCGGCGAGGCGCUGGUGUCGUGCGGCAUGAUGGAGGCGCUGCUCAAGGUGAUCAAGUUCCUGGGGGACGAGCAGGACCAGAUCACGUUCGUCACGCGGGCGGUGCGGGUGGUGGAUCUCAUCACCAACCUGGACAUGGCCGCCUUCCAGUCGCACAGCGGGCUGUCCAUCUUCAUCUACCGCCUCGAGCACGAGGUGGACCUGUGCCGUCGCGAGUGUCCCUUUGUCAUCAAGCCCAAAGUGCAGCGCCCGCCUGCUGCCACCCUGCCCGAGGGCGAGGACAUGGAGACGGACAUGGAGGUGACCGACGUGGCCAUGGAGAGCAGCCCCGGUCCCUCGGCUGAGGCCCGGCCAGACCCGGUGCCGCCAGCCCCGCCAGCCGUGCCCAGCACCAGCGCUGCCACCCCCUCCCCACGCGGUGGAGUGCAGUGCAUCCCCCAGCGCGCCGCUUUGCUCAAAUCCAUGCUGAACUUCCUCAAAAAAGCCAUCCAAGACCCCGCCUUCUCCGACGGCAUCCGGCACGUGAUGGACGGCUCGCUGCCCACCUCGCUGAAGCACAUCAUCAGCAACGCCGAGUACUACGGCCCCUCGCUGUUCCUGCUGGCGACCGAGGUGGUGACGGUCUUCGUGUUCCAGGAGCCCUCGCUGCUGUCCUCGCUGCAGGACAACGGCCUCACCGACGUCAUGCUGCACGCUCUGCUCAUCAAGGACGUGCCGGCGACGCGGGAGGUGCUGGGCUCGCUGCCCAACGUGUUCAGCGCGCUGUGCCUGAACGCGCGGGGGCUGCAGAGCUUCGUGCAGUGCCAGCCCUUCGAGCGCCUCUUCAAGGUGCUGCUGUCCCCCGACUACCUGCCCGCCAUGCGGCGCCGCCGCAGCUCCGACCCCCUCGGUGACACAGCCUCCAACCUGGGCAGCGCCGUGGACGAGCUGAUGCGGCACCAGCCCACGCUCAAGACCGACGCCACCACCGCCAUCAUCAAGCUGCUGGAGGAGAUCUGCAGCCUGGGCCGGGACCCCAAGUACAUCUGCCAGAAGCCGUCGAUGCAGAAGGCGGACGGGACGGCGGCCGCGCCGCCCCCGCGCUCGCCCCACGCCGCCGAGGAGGCCUCGAGCGAGGAUGAGGAGGAGGAAGAAGUGCAGGCCAUGCAGAGCUUCGGGGCUGCCCAGCAGAGCGAGGCAGAGCCCAGCCAGACCGUGGUGGGCACGGAGGAGCGCAUCCCCAUCCCGCUCAUGGACUACAUCCUCAACGUGAUGAAGUUCGUGGAGUCCAUCCUGAGCAACAACACCACGGACGAUCACUGCCAGGAGUUCGUGGCCCAGCGGGGGCUGCGGCCGCUCGUCACCAUCCUGGGGCUGCCCAACCUGCCCGUGGACUUCCCCACCUCUGCAGCCUGCCAGGCCGUGGCUGGGGUCUGCAAAUCCAUCCUGACUCUCUCCCACGAGCCCAAGGUGCUGCAGGAGGGGCUGGUGCAGCUGGAGGCCGUGCUGUCGGCGCUGGAGCCGCUGCACCGGCCCAUCGAGGCCCCGGGGGGCUCGGUGCUGCUGCGGGAGCUGGCCGGGGCCGGGGCCGUGCCCGAUGCCACCCUCUCGGCCCAGGCCACCCCCCUGCUGCACGCCCUGACCGCUGCCCACGCCUUCAUCAUGAUGUUCGUGCACACCUGCAGGGUGGGACAGAGCGAGAUCAGGGCCAUCUCGGUGAACCAGUGGGGGUCCCAGCUGGGGCUGAGCGUGCUGGGCAAGCUGAGCCAGCUCUACUGCUCCCUGGUGUGGGAGAGCACCGUGCUGCUGUCCCUCUGCACCCCCAACAGGUACUGGGGGCACUGGGAGGGACUGGUGAGGGUUUGGGAGGUACUGGGAGGGACUGGUGCAGGUUUGAGGGACACUGGGCUGAGCCAGCUGUGCUGCUCGCUGGUGUGGUGCACCCCAAACAGGCACUGGGAGGCACUGGGAGGGCACUGGUGAGGGUUUA